CACAAUAACUGAAAUAUUAUAGAUAUUUUUUACUUUUGAAUCAUUACACAUUGACUGGUAAACUGAAUUUAUUCACGUGAAACAAUAAAAACAAUUCAAUCUUAAUAGACAAUACAUUUAAAGAACAUGUUGCUGUUUGAUAGAGUCUCUUUAUAAAUAUAUGUUCAUAUUCCCAUAGACCUGCGUGCGCAUGCGUGUGUAUUGGCCGCUGUGGGUCGUUUCGGAUCCGCUCGUGUUCUUUCGGUACUCUCCGGCUCAUCUCUUUCCGAGACUUCAUGCAAAGAAACAAACAGCCGAGCGGCGGACUCUGUCGUCUUUCCCGACCAGCUCGCUUCACUUUUGGACGUUCCCGUUGUUUUUGUACCGACACGUUUAACGGAAUACCACGUGUUUACGGUUCGUUCCGAGCUCGUGCGGGACUCGGCGGCGCUCGGACCGCAGCGGGUGCUCGGCCGCGUUCGGCUCUUGUCGUUCGUGUGGCAGGAAAUGGACGAAGUGGACUCGGCCACGAAGGCGCUCGGGCUCCACGAACCGCCCCUCGACAUGGCGCCGGGGCAGGAAGUGGGCUCGGAUACCGAGUCGGAGGCCGAAGUCACCGCGUUGGCGGUGAUGGCGGCGCCGGGAAACCUCGACAUGGGAGCCGAGUCCCCGCCGAACUCAGACGAGGCCGAGGCGGCGUAUGCAGAGGUGACGGCGGUGACGGUGGCAGACGUCCACGCUGGAGAGGACGCUGUCUUCACCACCACGGUUGCCACGAGUGGGAGGGCAACCCUCCAGCUGGGUGACGGCCUGGGCUCCCAGAAGGCCACCUUGAUCGUGGUUCACAGUGACGGCAGUGUGUGUGUGUAA